AAAACAGGCUGGCAGCUUGUUCUUGCUGCCUAUAGGAGCCAAUGUUCCCUUCCUGGUAGAGUUAUACAUGCACCUGCCGGGACACAUUGCCCUUCUGGCUCCAUCUGUAUUGGUUGGGAACUUCUUCCUGUAUCUAACCUUAAUUCCUCCAGCUGCCUUAUCUACCAAUCCAAGCCAGGUAGACCUGAAGGGUCAGGACUAGGGUGUGUUUUUUUGUUUUAUUUUUUCCUAUUAUGUUCUGAGGACUUAGCCACAUGCUAAACACUGUUUUAAGAACUUACGUUAACAUGUAAAUAAAUUAAUCCUUGUGCCAACUGUAAGAGCCAAACACUGUUAGUAUCCCUAUCAGUGAAGAAAUCAAGAUAGAGAGGCUGUACCUAAGAUCACAUAUUUAGUGCUGUGAAGGGGUUAAGGAGAUCUGACUUACCCCUCACCUUCAGUGUAGGGCCUCACACAUGCACUGAAAAAAAGGCAAGCAUGGGGGCUGGGGAUUUAGCUCAGCAGCAUAAGCACCUGCCUUGCCAGCAGGCGGUCAUGAGUUCGAUCCCUGGUACCAAUAAAAAUGAAAAACACACACACAAAAAAAGGCAAGCACUCUGCUUCUGAGCUGCCCCAGCCCUGUCCUACCACAGUUUGAGUUUACCUGGGCCAUUUGGCAUCAGUGUCUGUGUGAUAAACUCUGGGGUAAGAUCAGGGUUUCUGAACAGUCUGAGCUGGCCUGAACUAUAAAUCAAAGAGAAAAAGGAUUCUUUCCAACCUAGUCUUUCCCAUUUUCAAGAAAGGUGGAGGGGCUGGGGAUUUAGCUCAGUGGCAUAAGUGCCUGCCUGGCAAGCAUGAGGUUGAGUUUGAUCCUUAGUACAAAAAAGAAAGAAAGAAAGAAAAGUGAGUACCACACUACCUGUUUCCUGGAAAGGCAGCAGGUCCAGAGAGAUGUUGGGAUUUACAAUAAGUUCACAACCAGCAAGAAGUAGAGACUGAGCUCAACAGACACUUAAUCCUGUACACACUGCUCAGAAGCAGACAUGGAGACAAGGAAUGUGAAACUUACCUGGCCCUGGCCUGAAACACAGGGAAGCUGAAAUGAAACCUGGUAACCAGGGGAGCCUCCAUCUGUGACCUUCACAGCUCCCUCAUGAUGAUGUUCCCAUGCUGGCAGUGAGUCUACUAGAAGCUAGGCUCUUAUGUUAUUUUUAUGUUCAACAACUUUUAAGUUUUUCAGAAAGACACGGACAGGUUAAUUGUUGAAGGGCACUGAAGUAAUGAGUGGAGAUUCGAACCAGGGCAGUCUGGCUCCAUGAUCCAGGUCUAAAGAUGGGUGGUAAUCAGCCCAAGGUCACACAGCCAUAGCUCCUGAGUUAAGAGCUGCUGGCUCCCUUCAGCCCCAAAAAAAGCAAAGACGCCUGACUCCUAGCCAGCUGGGGGCGGAGCAGAGGUGGAGCCAGGGAGACCCAAGUGGCCUCUCGGAGAACCAGAGCACAGGAAGCAGAGUGCCCUGGAGCAGCAUGAAGCAAGGCUGGGGACCAGGGCUGCUUGUCCUGGGAGCACUGGUCUUCAUAGAGGGUCUUCAAGCAACUCAGCGUGCUUGUGGGCAGCGUGGACCUGGCCCCCCUGAGCCUCAGGAAGGCAACACAGUCCCCAGUGAAUGGCCCUGGCAAGCCAGCGUGCGGCAGCAGGGAGUCCACAUCUGCAGUGGCUCCCUAGUGGCAGACACCUGGGUCCUUACUGCUGCCCACUGCUUCGAAAAGGCAGCAGCAACAGAACUGGGUUCCUGGUCGGUUGUCCUGGGUUCUCUGCAGCAUGAGGGGCUGAGUCCAGGAGCUGAGGAGGUGGGAGUAGCUGCCCUGCAGUUGCCUCGGUCCUUUAACCACUACAGCCAGGGCUCAGACCUGGCCCUGCUACGGCUUGCCCGCCCUACGACCCGCACACCCCUCUGCCUGCCCCAGCCUGACCAUCGCUUCCCCUUUGGAGCCUUUUGCUGGGCCACUGGUUGGGAUCAAGACACCAGUAAUGCUCCCAGGACCCUCCGGAACCUGCGCCUGCGUCUAAUCAGCCGCCCCACAUGUAACUGUCUCUACAACCGCCUGCACCAGCGUCUGCUGGCCAGCCCAGCUCGACCUGGGAUGCUGUGUGGGGGUACCCCGCCUGGGAUGCAGGGACCAUGCCAGGGAGAUUCUGGGGGCCCUGUGUUGUGCCAAGAGCCCAGUGGAUACUGGGUUCAGGCUGGGAUCAUCAGCUUUGCAUCAAGAUGUGCCCAGGAAGACACUCCUGUGCUCCUGACUGACACAGCUGCUCACAGCUCCUGGCUGCAGGUUCGAGCUCAGGGAGCAGCCUUUCUGGCCCAGAACCCAGGGACCCCGGAUAUCAGUGAUGAGGACAGCUGUGUAGCCUGCGGAUCCUUAAGGAGAGAGGGUCCCCAGGCAAAAGCCCCUUCUCCGUGGCCCUGGGAUGCAAGGCUGAAGCAUCAGGGGAAGCUGGUCUGUGGUGGAGCCUUAGUAUCAGAGGAGGUGGUGCUGACAGCUGCCCACUGCUUCAUCGGGCGCCAGACUCUGGAAGAAUGGAGCAUAGGGCUGGGGGCGGGACCAGAGGAAAGAGGCCUGAAGCAACUCAUCCUGCACGGGGCCUACACACACCCAGAAGGGGGCUAUGAUGUAGCCCUCUUGUUGCUGGCCCAGCCUGUGACCCUGGGCCCCAGUCUACGACCCCUUUGCCUGCCCUAUGCUGACCACUACCUGCCUGAUGGGGAACGUGGCUGGGUCCUGGGGUUGGCCCAAGAUGCAGGUGUGAGCUCCCUGCAGACAGUGCUUGUGACCCUCCUGGGGCCUAGGGCCUGUGGCCGGCUCCAUGCAGCCCCUGGGGGUGAUGGCAUUCCCAUUGUGCCAGGGAUGGUGUGUACCAGUGUGGUGGGUGAGCUGCCCCGCUGUGAGGGCCUAUCGGGGGCACCAUUGGUACGUGAGGUGAGGGGCACAUGGUUCCUGGCUGGGUUACACAGCUUUGGAGAUGCCUGCCAAGGCCCUGUGAGACCCGCCGUGUUCACGGCACUGCCCGUUUACGAGGACUGGGUCAGCAGUUUGGAUUGGCAGGUCUAUUUCGCUGAGGAGCCAGAGCCUGAGAUGGAGGCUGGGAGCUGUCCGGCCAGCUCACGCCAACCAGCCAGCUGUUGACAAGUGACUCUGGGCUGUUCACACACAGAAUGUCAGAAAAAUGAGACAACGCCCACCUCAACAUGUCUGCCCCUCCAUGUCCCCAAGUGUGUUCUAGGCCCUGGGGCAGGCCCAAGAACCCAUCGAUGGCAAUCAGAAAGAGCUACUGAGGACCAGCAGAUGCCCCGUCCCCACCCUGCAGGACAGGGAUGUCACCUGUGGAUGCUCCCACACAGCUUUGCUCUCCAAUGCAGGUGUCCCCUGCUGUCCCUACCCUUUAUUCCUCAGAGACAAUCACACCAGCCACCUGUUUUGAAAAUCUUUUUUUUUUUGGGGGGGGGAGCAAUUUUCCUUUUUUAAAACUUAAAUAAAUUGUUACAAAAUAGA